AUGUCCCUUUCAGACAUUUCGUUGACACCGCAGUCAAACGGCGUUUCGAUUACCACAACCGAUGUUCAACAAGCGAACACAAUUUAUUUCCAGUGCACAGACACAGCUACAGAAACACACUUAUCCCGUCUGGAUUCCAAACCACCCGCCGGCCAGAGCUCCUCAAAGAAAGUCUGUACGGUCCAGAUUUCAAUUUGGGGACCACCGAAGCAAGGAUCUGGUUAUCCCGUACCCAGUAAGUUUGCAAACAAUUCCGUGCGACCACAUCUCUUCACAUCCCACCUCAACUGUACCCUCUGGAACACCUGCUGUCAGUUCUUUGUCUAUGACUUCGUGCUGCAUCCCCUCUUGAGAACACUUGCUCAAACAGAGGGAGCAAAGAGGAAGGAAUGCGGUGAGAAGUUGGAUUUUUCGCGGUUAAAACGGAGUCUCCUACAGCCCCCACUGCCCGGGGUCCAGUCAUUCUGUACCUCGCAGAGUACGGUAAACCCACCUGCGAUUUACUGUGUGUUUUUGUCAUUUCUAGGCACCUGCAACUCAGACAAUGGUCCGCUCAGGCUGGAAAUCACUUCUGCUAGUCAAUCGGUAACCUUUGCUUGCGGGAACGACCAAAAUCUCACGCCAAAGCUUUUUGAUCAGAUUUGCCAAUCAGACGGGUGCGAAUCCACAGCCCCACUGGCAGAUACUCUUGCCGGUGCUUCGCUGGUGCAGCACGCGUCCCAGGAAGGCAAUCCGAACACACCAGCCUACACAUUGUCAGUACCACAGCUGCCAGACGAGAGUCAGACGCUUUUUUAUAAAUGUGCGACGGGCACGGACAAAGAUUCCGAUCCCAAAGAGUGCAACGUUGUCAUCACAGUCGCGAAAGCAGCAGACGGCGACGGAUCAAGUGGCCCGUCCUCCGACACCGCAACCAUACCGCCUGAGACAUCUGGAACUGGCGCUGAAAGGUGGAGCAAGUCGCUGGCCUUCUUCGUCUUCAGUGUCGCUCUGCUGUUGACGAAAAUGAUAUGA